AUAAUGUAGUGGACGGAACGCUUCUUUCAUCCGCAGCAACAGUUCGUCAGACACCUCGGUAGCUUGAUAGAGGAAUUAGCCGAACCAAUAUAGCUCUUUAGACGCUUUCGUGUAUAUUAGCCACUGUGUUUUAAACCCAUUUCUGUCGUCUAGUUAGUUAUCCGAUUUAAUGUCAUAUUUUCGGUGUAGUUAUUAGUCAGCUAGCGGGGUGGUUAAGUUAGCAUUAGCCUAGCUAGCUUACAUCUCCGGCCAUGCGGUCACCAAGCUACUCUCCUUCUAAUGAAGAGAAGGAUAUCACAGUAAAACAAGAAGUAGAGAGUGGGACCGUUACUGUGAAAGAAGAGGAGGAUGCGUUCAGAGUGAAAGACGAGGAAGAUAUCACAGUAAAACAAGAAGUAGAGAGUGGGGCCGUUACUGUGAAAGAAGAGGAGGACGCGUUCAGAGUGAAAGAGGAGGAUGGUGUUACAGUGAAAGGAGAGCAUGUAGUUUAUGGCGUGAAAGAGGAGGGGGAGGAGAUGACUGUUACAUCGGAAGAGGAGGAACCUGGAUAUCUGGGCCCGGUUUCCCAAACGCAUCUUAAGGCGUCCAAUGGUUCAAACGAAGAAUUUAACCAUAAGAUGCUUUUUAGAAACCAUUCCCUGAUUAACACUAGAGAGAGACGUGACUAUCGUGGAUCCUCUGGGGAGCCUCAACAACCUCAUGAUGCUGAGGAGACAGAGAAGAGUCUCUCCAGAUCAGAACACCUCAAUAAACACCCGCAGAGACCCACAGGGAAGAGAACUCACUGCUGCUCUGACUGUGGGAAGAGAUUCACAUCAUCAGGCAUGAAAAUUGAUCAGAGAACACACACAGGAGAGAAAUCCUAUAGCUGUGAUCAAUGUGGGAAGAGGUUUGGUCGAUCUUGCCAUCUGACUCUACACCAGAGAAUACACACAGGAGAGAAACCCUAUAGCUGUGAUCAAUGUGGGAAGAGGUUUGGUCGAUCUUGCCAUCUGACUGUACACCAGAGAAUACACACAGGAGAGAAACCCUAUAGCUGUGAUCAAUGUGGGAAGAGUUUUGUUCAAUCUGACCAGCUGACACGACACCAGAGAAUACACACAGGAGAGAAACCCUAUAGCUGUGAUCAAUGUGGGAAGAGGUUUGGUCGAUCUUGCCAUCUGACUCUACACCAGAGAAUACACACAGGAGAGAAACCCUAUAGCUGUGAUCAAUGUGGGAAGAGAUUUACUACAUCUAGCAGCCUGACUCUACACCAGAGAAUACACACAGGAGAGAAACCCUAUAGCUGUGAUCAAUGUGGGAAGAGAUUUGCUACAUCUAGCAGCCUGACUCUACACCAGAGAACACACACAGGAGAGAAACCUUAUAGCUGUGGUCAAUGUGGGAGGAGUUUUAGUCAAUCUGGAGAGCUGACAGUUCACCAGAGAACACACACAGGAGAGAAACCUUAUAGCUGUGGUCAAUGUGGGAGGACUUUUACUACAUCUAGUGGUCUGACUUCACACCAGAGAACACACACAGGAGAGAAACCUUAUAUCUGUAUUCAAUGUGGGAAGAGAUACUUUAAUAAAAGAUCUCUGAUCAAACAUCAGAAAUUACAUACAUGAAGAAGUUGUUUCAAGAUAUCAAUGAAAUAAUGUCAGAAUGUAGAAUUUUUUGAAAACAUUGUAGUAGGUGUAUUUUAAUGUCACGAUGUAGAAUGUUUUAACAUUGUAGUAGGAGUAUCUUAAUGAUGUCACAAUGUAGAAUGUUUUAACAUUGUAGUAGGAGUAUUUUAAUGAUGUCACAAUGUAGAAUGUUUUAACAUUGUAGUAGGAGUAUUUUAAUGAUGUCACAAUGUAGAAUGUUUUAACAUUGUAGUAGGAGUAUUUUAAUGAUGUUCUACCUUAUUGUUUGUCCUGUUCAAUUGAUUGUAGCAUGAUAUGGAUAUUAACCUCAGGGGGAAAUCCAGGCUCUGAAUUGAAAGAGUAUUAUUUUACGAAAAAAGAGCUGCGUUACACUUACUGCGUUGGUGACCCACUAAUCAAAAUGCAGCACUUCAAAAUGUAGCCAGCUGUUUUCUACAAGUUGAAAAAGCUGCUUGUUUGAAAAAUGUGAUAAUUGUUGCAGAUGUUUGUGUAUAUACACACACAUGAAAGCAGUAUAAUAAAUUGGUCUAUAAUCAAUUUUA